CCAUGGAGAACGGCCAGAGGAGGAGCGGUUGGGCCAGUCAAUGGCCUCUGGGAGCCCACCCAUUGGGGGUUUCUUUUCUUGGUCGUCUAGCCGGGCCUCCGUUUGGUGUCCAGGCUGUCUUUGUCAACCGAUGCGGGACUCCAAGGGUGUGUGAUUUUGUGUGUGACUGCUGGGAUUGUUCGGACGAAAACCAGUGUGGCUAUCAGCAGGCGUCGGCUCUGGGGGGCCCCUUCACCUGCAGCUUCGAAGGCACCACGUGUGGCUGGGAGGACGUCAGCGACACAGCCUACCGGUGGGAGCCAGCCCAGGCCAGCAUUGCUAUGUGGGGGCUGGAGCCUCCUUUCGACCACACGCUGGGCACAGAUGUCGGCUGGUACAUGGCAGCUACAAAGCAGGGCGCAAAGCCCUGGGCCACGGCCCGGCUGCGGUCACCCGUGUUGCGAGGAGCAGCUGCCGCCUGUGAGAUCCACGCUUGGUAUCUCCUGUGGGGGCCAGGCCUUAACGAGACUCAGCAGCCUCGGCUCACCUUGGAGCUGAGCCAGGGAAGUCGCACCGCCUCCCUGUGGCAAAGCCCUCCAGGCAGCACCUCCUCCUGGCAAGAGCUGGUGGCCUACACCGGCCACAUCCCAGGCAGCUUCCAGGUCACCUUCGUCUCCACCCAGGACUUCUCCCUAGCACAGCUGGCGCUGGACGAUGUGGAAUUCAGGAACUGUGGCUUCCCACCUCCCCAGACGUGCGGCUCAGAGGCAUUCCACUGCCAACAGGGCGGCUGCGUUGCCACAGACCGGGUGUGUGACGGCACCGCAGAUUGCCGGGCUGCUGAGGAUGAAGCCCAGGCUGAAUGUGCCGCCUUCAGAGCGUGUUCCUUUGAGGAAGACUGGUGCCAGUGGACGAUGGUCCCCAGCACAACUCUUGCCUGGCUAAGGAACUCAAGCCUCCACCAGGCCUCCUCUUCCGUCGGGCCCUCACGGGAUCACAGCACCAACAGCCGGGAAGGCGUCUUCGCGUAUGUCGAGACCCAGAAGCUGGACCUGCACGAGAGAAGAGCCUGGCUGAGCAGCCCAACGUUGGACGCCAACCAUUCCUGCUAUCUGGUUCUCUACCUCUACCUGCACGGCUCCAACAGCAACAGCCUGAACAUCUACAGCCAAACGGCACAAGAUUUGCAGCUCGUCUGGAGCCGCACAGGAGACCUGGGCAACUUCUGGUUCCGGGAGAAAGUGGAUUUCGUGGGCACAAAGAAAUUCAAGAUUGUGAUCGAGGGCAGGAUUGGAGGCGGGCAGGAAGGGAGCAUCGCUCUAGACGACCUUCGUCUGUCUCCUGACUGCAGGACGGUGGAGGACUCCCAGGUCCCGAUUCCUCCCAUGCUGGAGCCCCUCGGCCCUUGCCCCUCGGGGCAGUUUGCUUGUGACCAGGGCAAGCGAUGCCUCGACCGCGAGCUGCUCUGCAACUUCAAGGCCGAGUGUGACGACGCCUCUGAUGAGCAGCGGUGUGGAGGGACCGAUUUUUCCCAGGACUCCGGGGGAUGGAUGGACGUGAGCGUGGGCCGCCUGCGAUGGACCACCAGCCGGCUCAGUCCUCUGGGGCCAGUUUUCAGUCUGCAGAAGGCCCCAGGGCAGAUGUUCUCCAUGGUGAGGGCUGCUACUCCCGUGUUGGGCCCUUCGGGCGUAGGCUGUGUGCUGCAGAUGGACGUUGCCACCGGCCCGGAAGGCUUCCUCGCCCUCGCCGUUGCCGACGGGAGCCUGGGCACCCGCAGGUGGGCUUGGUUUGCCCAGAGCAGUGAGACCUGGAGAAAGGCCACGGUGCCUCUGGGCGCAAGGAAAAGGCCCUUCCAGCUUGAGCUGCUGGCCAGGGCAGAUCUCGAUGACCUCCGGGGGGCCCUGCCUCUUGCCAUCACCAACGUCUCCUUUGUGAACUGCAGCCCCGAAGGAGGCUCAGCUUCAGCCCCCCAGGCAGGGCUGUCCUGCAAUUUUGAGACCGACUGGUGCAGCUGGUACCUGGAGCAGAACGAGGGCUUUGAAUGGAGGCAAAGCCAAAGCCGGAAAGGAGCCGUGGACCACACCACCGGCACAGGCUCUUUCCUGCUCGCAGAGCCUGGUGGAGCCUGGAAUCCAGGCUGGCGCACGCGCCUCCUUUCUGCUCCCCAGGCUGUUACCGCGGCUGUCCCGACCGUUUGCCUUUCCUUCUGGUAUCGCCUGGAGGGCCCCCAGAUUGGGACCCUGGCCCUGAAAUUGAAGGAGGCUGGAGAACCGGAGCAGGUGCUCUGGACCAGGCGAGGGAGCCAGGGGGCCGUUUGGCAUCGAGGCUCCUCCUCCAUUUCCCCCAAGCCUGGUCAGAAUUACCAGGUGAUCUUCGAGGCGCUUCGGGACGGCUUCCUGGGGAUCAUAGCUUUGGAUGACCUGACAGUGACGCCCGGGGCCUGCCCGGCCCAGAGGCAUUGUUCCUUCGAGGCUGGCAAAUGCGGCUUCUCGGCCCCCGAGCAGCCGGCGUGGCAGCGGCAGAACGGUGCCGGGGGCGUGGGCCCUCCAGUGGAUCACACCCUGGGCGAGCCAAGAGGGCAUUAUAUGAUCCUCCAUACUGGUGCAGACAAACUCCCUUUGGGGUGGACGGCCGUCCUGCGCUCGGGCAGCUUCCCUCCUCUGCGGCGCACCCACUGUGUCUCCUUUUGGUACCACCUAAACAGCAGUGAGCCAGGAUCCUUGACCGCUUACGUGGAGGAGGGGGAAGAGGGAGCGGGAGAGGCAGCAAUGCUCAGCCUGGAUCCCACAGAGGGAGAAGCCUGGCGGUAUGGCAGCUUUGUGGCAAAGGUCCAUGGGAAAUGGCAGGUGGCUUUCGCGGCGACAGGCGCUGGCGGAGAGCCGUCCUCUUACGUUGCCCUCGACGACGUCCUGGUGAAGGAAGGCGGCUGCCCUGAACCAGCCUCUUGUGACUUUGAGUCAGGCCCCUGUGGCUGGAGCAAGCCUCACGGAGACUGGUACAGCUGGGACUGGAAGGAAGCGGCCACCACCUUGCGCUCCCCAUCCCCCAAGGAAGACCACACCCUCGGCACCAAUGCAGGUCACUACGCCUACGUUGACCUGGCGGUGCUGAGCUUGGGAAAGAGCACCGCGCGCCUGGUGAGCGAGCCCCUGGCACCCACCACGGGCUCCUGCCUGCAGUUCCACUACCACAUGGACUUCCUCGGCCAAAGCAGCUCUCCUGCAGAGCUCAGAGUGAGGCUGACUGGGGCGCAGGGGGAAAGGGUAAUCUGGACCGCCACAGGCCAUCAGAGUCGGGCUUGGACGAACCGAACGCUCCUGGUGACCAGCCCCGUGGACUUCCAGAUCGUCCUGGAGGCCAGCAGCGGAGCCUGGGCGAGCUCAGGGGUGAUUGCGCUGGACGAUCUCCGCUACGCACCUGGGCCGGACUGUGCCUCUCCCCAGGCAGGCCAAGUGGAAGAGAGCGGCAGCCUUCUCUCGGUGCUGACCAUCGGCGUGGUGGCUGGCGUGGUGAACACGGCUUUGCUGCUGCUGAUCGUGGUCGCCUGUUGCCUCUGGAAGAGGAGGGGGAGUCGGGAAAGGAUGGUGGAAGAGGAGGAGGCCAACGGGCAGGGGUUUGACAACAUCGCCUUUCGAGACGACAGGGUCAUCCUACCCCAGAUGGCUCCUGACCCAGCAACGUCUUAGGUCAGCCCCGGCUUUCCCCGUUCAGCUUUGCAUCGGCCUCUGUUCCACCGGGAGCGGCUCCAGUAAAGGGGGGGCAUCUUCGGUUGAA